CGCGAGCACCCCCAGUCACAGACGAAACAAGUCACAACAUACUUCCACCACAAUCGUACGGCGCUUUUCGGACGGUGCUGUGGUGCGCGGGUCGAAGCGAGCGAGCUGGUCAAUCGCUCGGCGUGUGGAAAAGUGAAGAAAACAAAAAUAGAGUUCCGCGCUUCACGUCCACCCCAUUGUUCGUCCCAAAUGCUGCAGCUUACGGCGGAACUGUGACACGCGAUGUCAUCCCACAAGCCAUCCUGGACAAUGGCAUCGUCCAGACAGUACAUACAUAUACUCUUCAUAGUCUCAUUGCUGGUCAUCACAUCACAUGCACAGAGAACAAAACAAGACGAGCGUGAAGCGCAGUACACUCGGCGGUAUACAGAAUCAGAUGAAGACGACUGGGACAACGUUCAGCAACAAAGGGUCGUGGAAGACACUGUAGAUUUGGCUCCACCCUCGGUACAGCGCCACGUUGGUGGCACUGGAGGUGGUACCAGACACAGAUCAGAAGUUGAAGUACAGAAAGUAUUCGAAGAGAGGAAACCGGGAUCGCGGAACUUCACUGCACAUCGUUACCGGCAGACACCUGAGGAAUCCGAAGAGGAGGACACAGACCAGUCGCGCACAAACUACACCCGUCGAGUAUACUCCGUAUCGGCAUCGGGUACCAGGGGGCACCUCAGCAGAACCGAUUCUGGCAGUAGGCACCGGACUGAAGAGGAUCGAACGGGGGGUCGCCGGGGCUCAGCACACUUUGACGAAUGGUCCAGGAGAACAAGUACGGACAAGCCACCUGAAGCGGAUGGCAGCAGACCAACUUACAUCAGGCGCACAGAGUCAACAACACGACAUCGAUGGUCAAGCCGUAGCGGUGGUGAGGAUGACGCAAGCUUGCUGUCGCAGUCCAGGCGCUACGGUUCCGCAGAAUCUUCAUCUGGCAGGCACCGAUGGUCAGCGACCACUGAGCAGCCGAUACAAGAGACUACUUCGGUGUAUGAGGGUCGGCGGUUGUCAGUAGACCGGGCGACCUCGCAGCACAGGUGGUCUGGCCAGUACAGCACAGACAGGCCCGAUCGUCCCACCUACACGCAACACCGGUCAUCUCUUGAUCGCCCCUCGAGCAGGCGGACCUGGUCGAGUCACUCGGCCACUGAAAGGACAAGCUGGUCGGCUAGCGAAAUCAGCUCUACGACUACCGACACUCCCGAAGUGGACAAAAGUGGAUCCACUUAUGUUAGGCAGCAGUAUCAUUCCAUCACAGCAGGGAGGCACCACGUCACCAGUGAUCUUCCCGAAACUUCCUCCGAAGGUCCACGCCGUGGACACUGGGGUGCAGGCGGCCAGCACCACGUUGAAGCAGCUGGCCAUGGCCGGGAAAGCGAUCACGAUGGAUCAAGAAGAUGGUCAUCACACAGGGUGACAAGUGCAGAGGAUACUGCAUCCCGAGGUCUAGAAGAGAGGCGGUGGAGCUGGCGUGGCUCCACGGCUCGUUUCGGCGAGCACGGUAACACGACGCGCCGUGUGGAUGUGGGAUCGCGUACCCGGUUUCAGCCCACGGUUAUUGGCCCACCAAGUCGCACGGAAUACGACGGAACCUCAGUGCACCAAAGGCAUCGCGUGACAGCCUGGCGGAAUACCACCAUUGUCCGUGGUGAGCCAACGCACUGGUCCGAGGAUACACAGAGGCGAUAUGGUGGCCACGACGACGUCAGGAGAGGCCACGGCGAGGACACCACUUACACACGAACAUCGUACACGAGGCGCAUCAACGGGACUGCCUACUAUGGUGGAGGACAGGAUUCGUCACGUUGGACGUAUGGGAGAGAUAACAUAACGAGUGGCAGCUCGGUGACUUAUGGAUCUAGCCGUGCCAGUGGAACGUACGGUGGUACAGAAGGACAGACUGAGCCGCCGUAUGUGCCCCCGCGACCGACUGAGAGGCAUAGGGUCACUGGAGGUGUGGAUGUGGAUAUCAUUGAAGACGACAGGCAUCCGCUGACUGCGCAAUCGCGAGGCUCCCAGCCGCAUGCCUGCGAAGAGUCAAGUUGCUACCCAGCAACGGGAAACCUGCUCAUUGGUAGGGAGGACAAGUUGUCGGCGACAUCGACAUGUGGCCUGCGCGGCGUUGAGACUUACUGCAUCGUGAGCCACCUUAAAGAAAAGACCAAAUGUUUCCGGUGUGACUCAACCAAGAAAGGGAGGGACUACCAUGGCAUAGACAACAUUGUCUCAAGGAUUGGCAAAAAGCGCAAAGGAUCAUGGUGGCAGUCCGAGAAUGGCGUGCAGUCAGUGUCAAUUCGGCUAGACCUGGAAGCAGAGUUCCACUUCACGCAUCUGAUCAUCACAUUCAAGACAUUUAGGCCAGCUGCCAUGCUCAUUGAACGGUCACAUGACAAUGGGCACACGUGGAAGGUGUACCAAUACUUUGCAUACGACUGCAACGAAGCGUACCCGCACGUGCGGUACGGUCCGCGGCGUAACAUCACUGACGUGACCUGCGAGUCGCACUAUUCUGGCGUUGAACCUUCGACCAACGGAGAGGUCAUCUUUCGUGUGCUGCCGCCACACAUUCACAUCGACAACCCGCACAGCCCGGACGUGCAAGACUUGCUCAAGAUGACCAACCUGCGCAUAAACUUCACCAAACUGCACACUCUCGGUGACAACCUUCUGGACUCGCGCCGGGAGAUCAAGCAGAAGUACUAUUACGCCGUCUACGACAUGGUUGUUCGAGGAUCGUGCUCAUGCUAUGGCCACGCCAGUCGCUGCAUACCAGAGGAGGGAGAGUCCUACGCUGCACGAGAUGACAUGGUGUUUGGGAAGUGCCAGUGCACACACAACACGAAAGGCCUCAACUGCGAAAGCUGCGAAGAUCUGUACAACGACCAACCUUGGAGACCAGCGAGCGAGAGGGACCCAAAUCCAUGCAAACCCUGUAACUGCAAUGGCCACGCCAGCAAGUGCCACUUUGACGCUGCCGUGUGGGAGCGUUCGGGACGUGUGAGUGGCGGCGUCUGUGACGACUGCCAGGACAACACCAUGGGACUCAACUGCGAACAGUGUGUGCCGUUUUACUUCAAGGACCCUCAACGCGACAUUAGCGAUCCAUACGUCUGCCAACCUUGCGAUUGUGAUCCUCGUGGCUCCUUGGACGAAGGCGUGUGCGACCCACAGGAUGACCCGACCGCUGGACUUGUUGCUGGCCGUUGCCACUGCAAGAAAAACGUCGAGUCCCGUCGAUGCGACCGGUGCAAGAAAGGCUUCUUCAACUUCCAAGCGGCUAACCCCGACGGCUGCGAGCCAUGCAGCUGCCACGAGCUUGGAACAGCGGGUGACGGCUGCAACGUCUACACCGGCGAAUGCACCUGCAAACGUAAUGUCAUUGGUCGUGAUUGCAACCAGUGCCUGCCUGAAUACUACGGGCUGAGUCAUGACGACGACGGUUGUAAGCCCUGCGACUGCGACCCCGGAGGUGCGUACGAGAACAGCUGUGAUGUGAUCAGCGGCCAGUGUCGCUGCCGGCCCAGCGUUCAGGGACGUCGCUGUGACCAGCCGGACACGGGCUUCUUUGUUGGAAAUCUUGAUUUCAUGGUCCACGAAGCUGAACUUGCCAAGGGCAGUCCUGACUGCCAAGUGCUCAUACGAGAGGCAUAUGCCGACCGGGAAGCAUCAUGGACCGGUUUGGGCUUCAUGCAAGUCCACCAGGACUCUUACCUGGAGUUUGAUGUUCCUGACAUACCCACAUCCAUGGACUACAACAUCGUCUUCCGUUACGAGCCCAAGCUUCCUCAAGGCUGGGAAGAGGCUAUCGUGACCGUGGACAGACCGGGACCAGUUGAUCCGAAUGGACCCUGUGCCAACGCCAUUCCUCAGGACGACCGUCAAGUGAUCAGGUUUUCUUCAGGUGACCGGUACGUCGUUGUCGCUCCACCUGUCUGCCUGGAGAAGGGUAGACGCUACAAAGUGCGAGUCACGUUCAAGCAAUACGACCGUGAGGUGGACACACCUUCGGCAUCGAUCCUAAUCGACUCGAUGGUGCUCAUGCCCGACAUAAACGCCAUCCCAUUCUUCCACGGAACGCCGGCAAACGAGUACAGGAGGGAGGAAUUCGAACGUUUCCGAUGCGGGCAGGCAUUCUACGCCGUUCGAAGAGGGGGUACCUUGCCAGAAGUCUGCAAAAAGUACCUCUACAGCAUCGGUUUCUACGUUUUCCAAGGAGCUCAAGAUUGUAGGUGCGACCCACAGGGUUCUCACAGCAGCGUGUGCAACACGCUGGGUGGCCAGUGCCAAUGCAAGACCAACGUGGUGGGCCGCAGCUGCGACCGCUGUGCACCUGGAACCUAUGGCUUCGGGCCCGGAGGCUGCAGACCAUGUGACUGCAACGGAAUCGGUUCCCUGGACAACUUCUGCGACGCCCAGACCGGCCAGUGCAAGUGCCGGCCCAACACGUACGGUCGACAGUGUGACGAAUGCCAGCCCGGCUACUGGAACUACCCCAACUGCCAGCGUUGUGACUGCAAUGGCCACGCUGACACGUGUGACUCAAGGACAGGCCACUGCAUCCAGUGCCGAGACUUCACGUCAGGACCCCACUGUGACAGGUGCGAGGUUGGUUUCUACGGAGACCCUCGCUAUGGAGUGGACAUCCCUUGCCGCCCAUGUCCAUGCCCGGGCACUGCAGAUAGCGGUAUCAACCAUGCUACUAGUUGUGACCUGGAUCCACGCACUGGCAACGUUAUCUGUCACUGCGCGCAAGGAUACGUAGGUGAGAGGUGCGAUCGGUGUGCCAACAACUAUUACGGCGAACCCAACGUUCCUGGGGGCUCGUGUCGCCGAUGUGAGUGUAGCGGCAACGUUGAUGAGACCCAGCCGGGCAACUGCGACUCGCGCACAGGCGUCUGCCUGCGAUGUCUGUACAACACGGAGGGACCCCACUGUGAACGCUGCAAGCCGGGUCACUUUGGAAAUGCCUCGCAACAGCAGUGCUAUGAAUGUGUGUGCAACCUUCUUGGCUUGGACCCCAACCAGGGUUACUGUGACCCUGUGACUGGCCAGUGCCCGUGCCUGCCAAACGUGGAGGGCAUUGCCUGCGAUCGCUGCGCUCCCAACUACUGGAAGAUUGCCAGCGGGGAAGGCUGCGAGGCGUGCGGCUGUGACCCGCUUGGCUCCUAUGACCUGAAGUGCAAUGAGUUUGAUGGCCAGUGUCCGUGCAAGCCGGGUCAUGGUGGACGGCAGUGCAAUCAAUGCCAGGACAAUCACUGGGGUGACCCACGGGUCCGCUGCUAUCAAUGCGAGUGCAACGUUCCUGGGGCAGCCACCAGCCAGUGCCACCGCAACAACGGCAGCUGCGUCUGCAUUCCGGGCGUGGCUGGCGACCGGUGCCAGCAGUGUGCUCGCGGCUUCACGGGACGGGCACCACACUGCGACUCUUGCGGGGAGUGCUUCGACAACUGGGACCGCAUCAUUCAGGAGCUCCGAGAGGAAACCCAGAACAUGAUCAACUCAGCACGUCAAAUCAAGCAGCAGGGCACCACCGGUGUUUACACGCGUGAGUUCCAAGAGAUGGAGGAGAAAUUACGUGAAGUGGAGGAAAUCUUGAAUGGGGCCAACAUCACCGGUCUUGACCUUCUGGACCGUCAGUCGCUCAUCGAAGAGAUCCGGCGCAACUUGACUGAAAGCCAAAUGCAACUUGAGGAAAUUGGAGACCGGUCAGGAAACGUGACGCAGCGCUCCUUCGCCACCAACCUGAUGCUCGCCAGUCUUCACGAGCAGGCGCAGGACCUUGGGCGAAAAGCCAAAGAAUUACGCGAGAACACCACAGCUUUGCAGGAAGCCAACGUUGAAGGGGCAUUAAACAUCACGAGGGAAGCCCAAAGGAGGUCCCAGUUGGCCGACGGACGAGUUCGAGGAGCACAAGAAGACAUUGGCAAGUCACAGGCAGCACGUCGUUACCUUGAGCGGAAACUGCAGGACACAGCCAGCGCAUACAAUCGCACUUACCAGGAGAAUGAGAAUGCCCUACGUAAGCUGCAGCAAGAGGUAGCCGACUUGGAAGACCAAAUCUCCGACGUCAACGAGCUUGUGUGUUAUCGACGAGGAACCGUGGAUCGUUGUGAUGCAUUGUGCGGAGGUGCAGGCUGCAACCACUGCGGUGGACUGGGCUGUGAGGAAGGUGCUCUCACCCGCGCCAACAACACGCUCACAAUGGCUGUCGAUGCCAAUCAGAUUCUUGGGAAGAAAGAAGCGGAAGCUCGGGAUCUCUUCAAUUCGGUUGGUUCAGCUGAAAAGGAAUCACAGCGGGCCCUUGAAGAAGCAAAGAAGGCCUUUGAACGCUCCCAGCUGGCAAAGAACCAGUCGGAAGAAGUCGGCACUGACCUGCAGGACUUGCUAGACCGCAUUGACAAAUUCCUGAGUGAGGUUGGAGCAAGACCAGCUGAAAUCCGAGUCCUUGCCGAAGAGUGUAUUGGUCUGUCCAUCUCGCUGAAACCUGAACAAAUUCGAGAGCUGGCGAAGGAAAUUAAUGACACAAUAGCCAGCUUGACUGACAUCGACGCCAUCUUGAGAGAAACCGGGGACGAUCUCAGGCUUGCAAAAGACCUCAAGGCACAGGCAGAUCGUGCAAGGACGAUGGCAAACAAGAUCUUGGACACUGCCAAGGAGGUCUUGCAGAACCUGGACGAUGCCGCAGAAGCCCAAGGCAGAGCCAAGGAGGCUAUCGACCAGGCACGACAGCACAUCAACACGGCCGAGGAAGAUCUUGCUCAGAUUGAGGACGCUGCCUACAAAGCGCAAGGUGUGGCCAACCGGUCACUGGAUCAGGUAGGAGGACUGCAAGACCGACUGGCAGAGCUGAAGAAGCAGUACACCCAGAACAACCUGGAUGCUCGCAAGGCAGUCAACGAAGCAAAGGGGGCCGACCGUUUGGCAGGACAGGCACACACCGAAGCUGAAGAGUUAGAAGCUGAGUACAACAGGGCUGUCUUAGACCUGGGCAACAAGUCUUCCGCCAGCGGAGACAUGAAGGACAGAGCUGAGAAGCUGCGGGAACGGGCCCGGAAGCUUGCGGAAGGUGUGAACACCAAGGCCCAGCAACUGCAAGGCAUGGAGGAUGAGUUUGACGAGAACGAGCAGCGGCUGAAGGACUACUCCGGCAUCUUGGAGCAGCUCAAUCAAGAGAUGAUGGGUCAUCUGCAGCGCAUUGAUCAGCGGUCCACUUACUAUCGCGAGUGCCAGAACUAAUACUCUCGGGUAGCUGAGCCUCCCAGGGUGCGCCGCGUACAACGUCACACGCUGCGCUCUGGUUGGCUCUGUCGAAGCUCAGCAUAAGGCAGCAUAGUACUUGAUUUCCAAAGAAAGAUGCGGACGGAAAAUGAGCUCUUUUUUUCCCGUCGACAGUGGUGCGGAAAAAUCAGCAGUUUGCAAAAUCACACUGAUGUAGCUGCAAGAGUGUGUGCAUUGAGACGUAUCCAUCUUUGCGUCUUAUACAUUGUAUGCAAGGUAAAUUAUCGGAUACUGAACUGGGCGCUUGUAGCCAUUCGAACAAGCAGCUGCAUUAAAUUAAUGGGGUGUUACAUCAUACGAUCCUAUUAAUUCAAACGAUAGAUUCACAUUGAAGUGUAUUUGCAUCAUAUUCUAUAAGGAAUGCGUGUUUCCCACUAGGUGCAGCAGUUGUGGUUCGCCCUUGGAAAAAAAAAUGCUCGUUUUUUACUACUGGCAGCAGUUAUUCAAGCAAAUAGUACUUGUUCGCUUUCACCACGAGUACUGAGUGUUUGGAUCACUGGAACAGUUGUGUGUGUCAACUGGUCUGCUAGACAAGUUAACGACUGAAUACAUCCUAAACACGAGGACACUGGUGUGUGUGUGUGAGCUCAGAUUUCUUUGGAAGAGAGUGCGAAGGGCAAAAGGAAACCUGAUCUGUCCCAAACCUCGGCUGCCUAUUGUCAGAAGAAAUUGCGCAGAACCAAGAAAAUGCUGGAAAUGCAGAAGGGCUGACCAAAUCGGUGACAGCAUAUUUUUUUUUCUUUCUUCAGCUUGCUUUAUGCGUAGAAAAUAGCAGCAAAACUUACGCUCAUUCAACCACCUGAUUGAUUGGUGAUCUGUGUAAAUUCUGCGAGUACCUGUUUUGUCGACGGUUUGUUUUCACUUAAUUUACAAUGUGGCAAAGUUUCCUGCGACGCCCGGACUGUUUAUGACGACAGUCAUCACGUGAAUCCCAGAAAAAAUAUGUUUGUGGUAAAUUAGUGAGGUGAUGAAGUGUAGAUCGCUUGCCUCUUUCUUUUGCUUAAAAGUUUUGUCAUGCCAGGCCAAUGAUGAAUCAAGGUAGUGCAUAUAGCCAUUUAGAUGUACUGAUGUUCUCACUUUUUUGGAGUGAUACAGCUCAGCUGUUAUUUUUCUUUUAACUCACUGCCAAUGAACUGAGUAAAUCAGCUGCCCCAAGUACGAACAGCUUCCGGUGAGCACCAAUUUAUUGCCUUACUUCAAAGUGCCUACUCUGCUGUUUGCUAAGCAUAAAGCAAACUCUAGCUGUCCAUCUCACUUGUCAUAUAUCUGUAUUUAAUGAAACAAACCAACCCACAUAAUCAAAAUGUGUACUCAUUAUGGUGGAAUGGAAUGAAAUGGAGAAAAAAAAAAGAAAAGAAAAAAAUAUAUACCAGCAUAGGUGCUUUGUGUGUUGUACGCAGUUGUAUGUGUUGCGAUGUGCAGAGUGUGCUGCCGUGAAAACCUGUGCAUAUUUGGAGAACUUUCCAUUUUCUGGACCAGUGAUCUUCGAUGCAGUACCGGAGCAGUGCAAUCUUCGUGUUUUCUUUGUUGUGCAACUCUUUGAUUUGUUGAGGGGAUAUUGUCAACCUUAUGGUAAGCUCAACCGGUUACAUUUGAGCGACAUGUUUUGCAUUUGAGUAGUUCACUUAGGAGCACUCAGAGGCUCUCUCAUUUUGUAGCCGGGGGCAUAAGCGGGUGUUCCCAAAAGUGAUGCCGAAAAUUGAAGUAUCUCCCAAAAGUGAUCAACCGAGAAUACAUCACCAGAAGUGGCCAGUUUCGUCCAUGCCGUGGUCUGGACUUGUACGACCAUUUAAACGAUGAGCAAAUAUCGUCAUAAAAGAAAAAAGAAAUAUACCAUAUCUAUCGCCAUCAGUGCCUAGCUCAGUUCAGCGUUGUAAUCAAUAACGGUGGCCAAUGUCCUGAGUGUUUUUUUUUUUUUUUUCACGUUUAUGAUGAAAUGCAUUUAUCUUCCACAGCAUGCCCGGUAAUGUAAUUUAUAAAUUGCAAUUCUUCCCGCAUACAAGCUAUAUUGAAAGUUUCAGGUGGUAUCUGUUCCUUGCUGGCUAUAUUUCAUAGAAGCUAUUUGACUUGCUUCUUCCGAAUGUACCCUGUUUGGCCCAUUUACAUCUAGCCACCCUGACGAGUCAAUCAAACAAUGAAUUCAACAGAGCUGGUCGAGAAGGGUCUUUAUACGAAGGAUUACUGUUGUAAGCAUUGGAGAAACUUUCUCGUGGACUGAGGAUUGCAACACUGCAGUCGGCCAAAGCGCAAGAACACAUUCUAAGUAGCAUGCUGAAAGCUUUUCUGGAUUUUGUGUGUUUAGUGCAGUGCCUUAUAGAUAAAUGUUUUUUUUUUUUUCACAAAGGAGGGACCUUGCACGUGCCAGUACCACUGCCACUCACUUGCACAUUGCUCAUGUGUUUUUUUUCUUCGUCCAUGCUGCACAUGUAUGUGCAUGCUUGCAAGUGUUGGAGAACCCUCCAUCAUGUAUAUUUAAUGCUUUAGUGUGCUUGUAUAUGUUCCGUCCUUUUUUAUCUUUUUUGUACUUUAUUGUUCUCUCUCUUGUCUGAGUGCCGUGCAUCCUUAAAAAAAAGAUAGUUGUGUGCACAGCAGUGCUAAUUACUGCUAUGUGCCACAAUUUAGUGACUUGCCUCUUUCACCCUACACUGGUUAAAAAAAAAAGAAGAGUGCCUUUUGUUUGUUGACAACCCAUAUUUGUUGGAAUAAAAGAAUGUGUGCCAAAAUUG